GAGCUGGGGGGAACAGUUGUCCAUGCAGGCUGCCGUCUCUUAAAGUAGCAGGAGAAAGGGCUUCACUGUUCCACAGCAGCAGGUCCUGACAGCUGCUGUUCUGACAGAGCCUCCUCUCUCCCGAGCAGGCCAGACAAAAAACACGCCUCUCUCUCUCACUUUCUCUUACUGCAGUCCCGUGCCAAAGGAAUGCUUCUGGAGUUCCGACACUCUCAUUUCAAGAAGUUCCUUUUCAUUUCUGAAAACUUUCAUUUUUUAAGGGCUUGACGUGAAAUUGCAUUUUUUGAGAACAUUGUUUUAAAAAAAAAAAAUUGAUUCUUCUUCUUCUCCUGCCGUGAAUCAUCUCGCUCCUGCAGAGAAACUCUGUUUCAUCCCUUACAAAAGGCACAGGAUAAAUCUCGUGAUUUCUUCUUGAUUUUCUCUCGGCGCGCAUGUUUCACGGAGUGAAAGAGUCAUCGGAGACACGGAGGUGAGAGUGUGGGGUUUCUUUUUAAUGUAAACGAUAUGAGCUCACUCCCCAGCAGCGCCGGUGUGGAGAAUCAGGCUGGACCGCGUUAACAUCGGGCACCUUAUCUGACGGCCCUUUCUGCUUCCCACUCGGAGAGGAAGUCCCGCCAGCCGGGGUGUGCAGCCGCAACGCACAUGCUCUGACGCGACGCUCUGACUCCACUCCUGCGGUUUUCUUUUUUUUUCUUUUUUUUUUCGGGAAGCCUCCCAUCUUGACAGCAGUAUGCCAGCGGCGCUCCUCCUGCUGCGCUCGCUGCUGGUCCGGCUGCUCGGGAGCAGGCUGGCCGCGCUGGCCGCUCAGUUCCUCAGGAGGAGCCUGUCGCUGGCCGCCGCCCGCCUGGGGUCCCUGCUGCAGCGCGUCUGGGAGCGCGUGCGAUCGCAGGAGUCGCGCGAGGCCAUCCUGUCCUGCGUGCUCUGCAUUCUCAACAUGCACAAGAAGGCGGACAACUGAG